AUGGCUCAGGACAACGCCGCCUUCUGCGGGGUCCCCGAGGGGGUCCCCACGGGGGUCCCCGCCGAGGCCAAGCCCCCUCCCCCGCCCCCCCAGGCCCCCAAACGCCGCCCGUGGGGGGCCGGGGGGGGCGCGGCGGCCCGGAAGCGCCAGCGCUACGUGGAGAAGGACGGCAAGUGCAACGUGCAGCACGGCAACGUGCGCGAGACCUACCGCUACCUGACCGACAUCUUCACCACCCUGGUGGACCUCAAGUGGCGCUUCAGCCUCCUCAUCUUCAUCCUGGCCUACGCCCUCACCUGGCUCUUCUUCGGCCUCAUCUGGUGGGUCAUCGCCUACAGCCGCGGCGAUCUGGAGCACCUGGGCGACCACACCUGGACGCCGUGCGUCAACAACCUCAACGGCUUCGUGUCGGCCUUCCUCUUCUCCAUCGAGACCGAGACCACCAUCGGCUACGGCCACCGCGUCAUCACGGACACGUGCCCCGAGGGCAUCGUGCUGCUGCUGCUGCAGGCCAUCCUGGGCUCCAUGGUCAACGCCUUCAUGGUGGGCUGCAUGUUCGUCAAGAUCUCGCAGCCCAACAAGCGCGCCGAGACGCUGGUGUUCUCCUCGCACGCCGUGGUGUCGCUGCGCGACGACCGCCUGUGCCUGAUGUUCCGCGUGGGCGACCUGCGCGACUCGCACAUCGUGGAGGCCUCCAUCCGCGCCAAGCUCAUCCAGUCCAAGCAGACGCAGGAGGGGGAGUUCAUCCCGCUCGACCAGACCGACCUGAGCGUGGGCUUCGAGACGGGCGACGACCGGCUCUUCCUGGUGUCGCCGCUCAUCAUCAGCCACGAGAUCGACGAGCGCAGCCCCUUCUGGGACGUGUCGCGGGGGCAGCUGGAGAGGGACGACUUCGAGAUCGUCGUCAUCCUCGAGGGCAUGGUGGAGGCCACAGGGAUGCCUUGGUGGCAUGGGGACAUCUCAGUGGUGCAAGGACACGGUGUCUUUGUGUGGAUACAUCCAUGGGGACGUCACCUCCGUGGGACACAUCGUCUUUGUGGGGACGUAUUGUCUUCGUGGGACACGUCUGUGGGGACACCUCCAUGAGGACAUACCAUGUCCAUGGGGCACAUCCGUGGGGACAUCUCCAUGAGGACACAUCAUCUCCGUGGGGACAUCUCCAUAAGGACACAUCAUCUCCAUGGGGACAUCUCAUCUCGAUGGGGACAUCUCCAUGAGGACACAUCAUCUCUGUGGGGACAUCUCAUCUCUGUGGGGACAUCACCUCCAUGGGGAUCCAUGACCUCCAUGGGGACACUUCUUGGGACCCAUCACCUCCAUGGGGACACAUCAGUGGGGACGUGUCAUCUCC